GAAGAGGUGGGAUGGGGGCUAGUUCUGGGCUAAGGGGGCUGUUUCUGAUGGACUUUGGCUGUCUGCCUUCCAGGGGAAUGUGCUCAGCUGUCGGAAUGAGGAAUUCAAAUUCAUCAAGGACAUCGAGAUGGUCCAGAAGGCUGCAAAUCUGUACACCGUGCAGCCCAAUGAGCAUUUUGGUGCCUGGUUCCAGGCUGUGGAGCCCCUGAGUGAGGAGGCGAGCUACAGCCUGUCCUGUCAGCUGGAGCCACGAUACCAGUGGGCCAGAAAGAUUCGACUCUUCUUCAAAGACAAGAAGAGCCACUCAUCUUCCCGCCCAGGGCUGAACACCAGGCCCCCAAAAAAGAGCCCAGCGGUGGUGGCAGAUGACGCUCCUGAGACCAGCUGAACUACAGCAG